AUGAGAGCCUUGCUCUUGGUCCCCGUCAUUGCGUGCUCGCAACAAAGUUCCAUAUGGUUCGCAGUGGCGAGACGCCAUGGCGGACAACAACUGAGGCUGGGCGUUCCCGAAUUCCGGCCCCUCUUCGCCCAAAUGACUAUAGGUGGUGACGAGCCUAGCACCACCGCCGCAGGUUCAGAGGAUGCAAACUAUGAUUUAUCAUGUUUACAUUCCAGCAAUGUGGGAUCCAAAGCUGCUACGAUAGGCGACCCAUUGCCAACUGGUUCUGCGAAACAGUGCGCACUGGUAUGCAGAGAGGUUACUGAAUGUAAUCACUUCACGUACAACACACAAGCGAAGAUGUGCUAUCUGAAAAGUGGGAAACCGGAUUUAUAUUCAUAUCCGGGAGACAUGACGGCUCCGCGCAGUUGUGAUACAACAUGCUUUGAAAAGGGCGUGUCGUACGACAAAGCUCCUGACGUGAUGAAUCCGAUAUCCGCGAGUCAAGCAGUGGAUUGCCAGGCGGCGUGUGCGGCGGACCCGAGGUGCAAAACUUUCACCUUUUCCGAGCCCGACAAGACAUGUAGUUUCAAAGGACGGGGGUUUUCUGCGCAUAAGCAAAUGAAGGUGGCCGGCGUGACUUCUGGGCCGGCACAGUUUUGCGACAGUGGUGGGGACUUGAGACGCGACAGUGUUGGGGACUUGAGACGCGACAGUGGUGGGGACUUGAGACUGCAGGAGCAGGCUGAUCAGCUAUAUGGUUGCGUUCACACGGAGGACGUUGGAUCAGAAGCUCCGAACUUGUCAGACCCGAAGCCGGCUACUUCCAUGGAGGCAUGUAUGAAACGGUGCCGGAGCGAGGGGAAAUGCACACACUUUACUUUCAAUGUGACGGCAGGGAUGUGCCACCUUAAGGCUGGAAAGAUGCAAUUGUAUCCAUACGCGGGAGAUCGAACAGGUCCAAAGAGCUGCGAUACAAGCUGUUUUUGGAGGGAGGUCGCAUACGCCAAAAAUCAAUUGUCAGAUUUGGGAUCAGCUUACCAAAUUUUACAGCCGACUGACUGUCAAGCACUUUGCGCCGCCAAUCCGUUGUGUAAGGUAUUUGUUUGGGAUUACUUCGAGAAGACGUGCGCCUUCAGAGGAAAGGGGUUCCUCAAACACAAAAAGCCACACGCCGUGGGAGCCAUCUCGGGCCCUCGAGAGUUUUGCGAUUUUGGCGGUAAUAUGCACCAGCGAGAAGAGGCGGAUGCCGCCAAUACGGAUGAUCCUGUUGACGCGGCGAGAGCGCUGCCUAAUGCUGCUGAUCAUCACCAAGACUUGCUGUGUGUCCACACCGGCAAUAUUGGGUCAAAAGCAGGAGAUAUUGAAAGUCCGCAGCCAGCGAAUGACUUGACUGAGUGCAUGGCCAGAUGCAAAGCGACAAAAAAAUGCAGCCACUACACCUUCAAUACGAACUCGAAGUACUGCCAUAUGAAAUCAGGGAAACCUAAACUUUAUGAAUAUCCUGGUGACCUGACCGGAUCCAAAACUUGUGAUACAAGUUGCUUCAGGAGGGGCGUCGACUACUCUACUGCCCCUGGUGUCGGUAAACCAUGGUUCACUACGCUAGCAACUGACUGUCAAGUUGCAUGCGGGGCUGAAGACGGCUGCGUGGCGUUCACCUGGCACGCGCCGACGUCACGAUGCUACUUACUAACCGCAGGCUUUUCGAAGCAUCGACGCGACGGUGUAGAGGGCGCGAUAUCUGGACCCUAUACUUUCUGUGACGACAGCGAGAAUCUUCAGGUGCUUGAAGAGGAAGACGCAUAA